AUGUCCCUGUCUGCAGGCGCGAACACUUUCUUUUCGAUUGCAUCAAAUUCGGUUAAUGGCAAGCAGGAUCUCGCUCACAUGAGUGUGUACACGUCUUUUGUUCAUCAGCGUGAAAAAAAGCUUGGAGCCAUGGGUGGAUACUUCAGAGAUUUGUGA